AUGGCCGACAAGCUGAGCGAGGAGAAGGUGGCCGAGUUCAAAGAGGCCUUCUCGCUGUUCGACAAGGACGGCGACGGCUGCAUCAGCACGCAGGAGCUGGGCACCGUCAUGCGCUCGCUCGGCCGCAACCCCAGCGAGGCCGAGCUGCAGGGUCUGAUGCGCGAGCUGGACCGCGACGGCAGCGGCAGCGUGGACUUCGCCGAGUUCCUGGCCGUGAUGGCCCGGCACAGCGGGCCCCGCUGCAGCGAGGAGGAGAUCCGCGAGGCCUUCCGCGUCUUCGACAAGGAUGGCAGUGGCAAGGUGAGCGCCGCUGAGCUGCGCCACGUCAUGACGCGCCUCGGGGAGACGCUGAGCGAGCAGGAGGUGGACGAGAUGAUCCGCGAGGCCGACAAGGACGGGGACGGGCAGGUGGACUACGAGGAGUUCGUGCGCAUGCUGGUGUCCAAGUGA